AUGAUAUACUAUCUCUUUCGACUGCCCGAAUCCAACUCGGUAAUUGUGAACAACUCAGAACAAAUCCCCCAAGCUGGAGAGGAUACAAUCGUGGUAGGGGAGGAGAAGCAGGAGACAAGUUCUCCCCCACCUCCCCCUCCUAAGCAGGAGACACUCGAGGAGAAAUGUGGCCACUUAUUACACGCACUCGACGAUGUCAUGGUCGUAAUUAAAACCGGCGCGACCGAAUCCCUCGAAAAAGUCCCCAUCCACCUCCGCACCACGCUACAAUGCGUCCCCCACUUCGCUAUCUUCUCCGACUACGAAGAAACCAUCGAUGGUGUCCGCACGUAUGACGUCCUCCGCAACAUCAGCAAGGCAACAAUGGCAAAAGAGCCCGAAUUUAAUAUCUACCGCCGCCUACAAGAAGUCGGACGCGACGGCCUAACAGACGCAGAAUGGGGCGACGACACAAACGGUCCACUAGGCAAGGUCAACAAUCCAGGCUGGAAGCUCGACAAAUGGAAAUUCCUCCCAAUGAUCGAGGAAGCACUAGAAGUAAUGCCCGACGCCAAGUGGUACGUCUUCCUUGAAGCCGACACCUACGUGGUGUGGCCGAACCUGAUCAACUGGCUGGGCCACCUUGACCCAGAUCGGCAAUACUACCUGGGAAGCCCCAUGCAAAUCGGCGAGACACUCUUUGGCUAUGGUGGGGCGGGCAUCGUCCUCUCAAGGUGGACGAUGAACCUCCUACACGACUACCUGGUACGGGCAAAGGAAGAUCUCGAAGAGAUGACUGCGCAUGAGUGGGCGGGUGACUGUGCGCUGGCGCGAGCACUGCACGAUGUGCAUGUCGAUCUGACCUGGGCGUGGCCGAUGAUGAUGACAUCACGGCCAUGGGAAAUCGACCAUUUCUCCGAGGGAUACGGGCGACAGCCGUGGUGUUACCCUAUUAUCUCUUACCACCAUAUGGCGCCGGCUGACAUCGAGGAGAUGUGGGAGUUUGACCAGGCAUUUUUUGCUAGCGGAAAGAACGCGCUUAUGCUGCAUGCGGACGUUUACCAGAAACUUGUCUACAAUGGGACUUUCUCGGCGCGCAGCGAUUGGGAUAAUCUUUCUCAGGUCAAGAUUGAUUUUGCGGCUGGCACAAUUCCUACAUUGGAUAUUUGUGCGGAGGUUUGCGCGCGCAAUGAGGAGUGCUUGCAGUAUUCGUUUGAUCACUCUGAGGGUGUUUGUAAACAUGCUUCUACUACCUUUGCUGGGGUUGCCAGGAAUGGAACUCAGUCUGGUUGGAUUACACCGCGUGUGAACAAGCUUCUCAGGGCAUUCCAGUCUUCAUGCCAUGAGGUGCAAUAUGUCUUCGAUUGA